AGAACAUCAAGAAAAUUGUCAACUGUAAGAGAAGCAUCAAGAAACUACAGAUACAGAAAGAGAAAGCCGACUCAAAAAGCCGAAAGGACAUAUUUUUUCUUCUAUGAUCCAUAAUCUGCAGUUGAAGACGAAGAAAUCUCCAAGAAACAUGGAUGUUUAUGAGCCCUCUGAUAAGGGUUUCUCAUCUCCGACCCCAAUCAGACCUGCUAUUCCCAAAUUUUCACCUUCUGAUGCAGGUCAAACCAAUGAGAAUGAUCUAUACCAUGACAAAAUGGGUGCCAAGCUACAGAACCCUAAGAUACCAACCACAAAGCACUUCAUGUCACCCACCAUAUCUGCAGCUUCCAAGGCUAUUGUCCCAAGAAAGAAAAUCUUGGCCGAGAGGAAUGAAGCUUCAACCUUUUCUGAUACCCAUCUGACCCAAACCCCAAAUCAUGGCACAAAAACUACUACUCUGAGUUCGGGUGUUUAUCGCUCUGAUUCUUCCUUUUCUCGGGUCACACCACCAGGCAGUUGCCCUUCUGAUUCUGACUCUGAUGGGCAGAACAAUUUUGUUGGCAAUUCAUCUCUGAAGCCUUAUGACCCAUUAACAAAUUACCUUUCACCAAGGCCUAAAUUUCUUCGGUACAAGCCAAACAGGUGUCGUGAGAUCUUUUUGUGCAAAGGUAGUGAAAUAAAAGAAGGAAAAGAUGGGGUUGGUGUCAAAAGAAGUGUUUCUUUUGAUUCCCAGAAAGUUGUUGCUGAAGAAGAUUCAUCAGAAGAUGCUAUGAACUCUUCAUUUUCUUCUGAAGAAGGUUUUUUCAAACAAGAUGAUGAUACAAAUGAUAACAAUAAGGAUGAAAAUCAUGAAGAAGAUGAGGAAAUUGAAGAGAUUGAGGAGAGAGCUUGCAGCUUGAAAGGGGUACUUAAAUUUUUACUUGUACUGGUUGUUCUGUUCCUAUCUACCUUACAUAUAUCUUCAAUGAACUCUCCUACUCCUCUAGCGUCUCAACUAAUGCCAUGGGAUCUUAAAAAUGGGUAUCAAAAUAUUCAGAAUCAUGUAUUUGAAGCUGUCACUGUGAAGUUUUUCGAAGGUAGAAACAAAUCUAUGGAUCAGAAUGUAGAGAAACAAAUAGGUUUAUUUGGAGUGAAACUUGGAGAUAUUCAUGAUGGGUUUAAGGAGCAAAAGGCGUCUAAGGAUGGUGGCCGGGGAUUGGAGGAAGUGGUUGAGCUACAAAAUGGAGAUAGUGAAGAUGCAAUUCAUCGUGAAUUUUAUAAGACGCAGAAGGUUUGUGAUCAUUUGAAGUCUAAACCAACUGCAGAAAGUGAUGAUGAUCACAUACUUGAGACCAAUGCGGAGGUUUUUAAUCAAUUGGAGGGGGCUGAAAACACAGAAAGUGAAGGUGUAGCUGACCAUGAAUUGGAGAAAAGAAGGGGGAGUUCCGAGCGGAUGAAGGGGACUGAAGCUACAAAAAGUGAAGGUGUUGAAGACCAUGAAAUCGAGGACAUAGGUCAGAGGUCUGAUUCGUUGCUGGAGCCAGAGUCUGUAGAAAGUUCUGAAUCUUUUCGAGGCCACCUGAAACCACGUAAGUUUGACUGGGUGGAUCAUCUUGACAGGGCAAUCGAAGUUGCAAGUGCUUCUGUCAAUGAGGAACAUGGUGAUUCAAAUCCGGAAGAUGUGCUAAUAGAAAGUGAGGACAGAAUCGAACCAGUUGAAGGAAUUUAUGACGGAUCUGAAAAAAAAGUUGCUGAGAAUGGAAUGGAGAGACCUGAAGAUAUCACUAGCAAUGCAGGUGAUGAAAUUGUCAGUGCAAGGGUGACAGAAAGGAAAAUUCCAGAACCUGAUAUCAGCAUUUUUGAAAGAGAGGGCAAUUCAAUGGAAGUCCUUGUCAAACCUGGCGAAAUCAAAUCUGUAUCCCCAGUUCUCAUCGGGCUUUCUAUAUUUUUAUCUAUGUUGGCAUCUUUGGGUUUCAUUCAACAUUCCAAGCAAAAGAAAACUUUUGUCCGAAAUUCUCAGCCUACUGAAAAGCCGGUGGCUAAAUAUGUGACAGCAGACAAAAUCACCCCAAUUUUUUCCACUGUGGAAGAACCCCUAAUAGCAGAGAAAAUCACACCCUCACUUCCCAAUGUGGAAGAAGAGAACAUUGGCAUGGUUAAAUCUUUUGCAAAUCCUCGGUCUUCAGUCCUUUCAAAGGAAGAAGCUUCCAAAGAGUAUAGCCACAGCCACGCACCAUCAGUUGAGUUGCUUGGAGAGCUUGUGAUCGGAGAAGUCAGCAGCUCUUUUAGAUAUGAUAGGAGAAGCAAGAUGAUACAAACUGAAGAGAGCAAUAUUACUGUCUCUCGAGAAGAAGAGGGACCAUGGAUCAGGGCUGAUGUGGUUCCGAGUGAAGCACAACCAUCCGAAUUGGAGGUCUCAACAAUGGAUUCUCCUUCAUAUGGAAGUUUUACUGCUGAAAAGAAGAUCGUAAAGAAAGAGGAGGGCAAAGGUGGAGAAGUGAAGAAGGUACUGCUGACAACUCCAGUGAGGCGAUCAGGCCGAAUCCGCAACCGUGCAGUCAUAUCUCCAUGAUUUCUCAGCACCCUUGGAUUAUCUUUCUUGAACGAAACAGCAUCUUCGUUGUUUCAUGAUUUAUUAUCCCUCCCCCUUACACUGAAACUAAAGAUUGGGG